GAGAUUCUACCAAGACUGAAUUAUACAAAUACAUAUUCCGACAAGUGCUCAAAUAUGUCUUCUUCUCUUUCUUUCACUAAUCCUCCGGCAAAUCUUCCACUCAAGCCAAUCCCAGGUAGCUAUGGUACCCCUUUCUUUGGUGCGAUCAAAGAUCGUCACGAUUACUUCUAUAACCAAGGCGAGGAAGAGUUCUUUGCUUCCCGUAUCAAGAAGUACCAGUCCACCGUUAUCAGACUCAAUAUGCCUCCUGGUCCCUUUAUUUCCCAAGACCCUAGAGUCAUAGCUGUUCUUGACGCUGUCUCAUUUCCAGUUCUCUUCGACACUUCCAAAGUCGAAAAACGGGAUUGUCUUGACGGAACUUUCCGUCCUUCCGUUUCCUUCACCGGCGGCUACCGCACAUGUGCAUUUCUUGACCCUUCUGAACCCAACCAUAACUCGAUCAAAGCCUUCGUCCUCUCUAUCCUCGCUUCAAAACACAACGCCUUCAUCCCUCUCUUUAGAAAUUGCUUGUCAAAGCUCUUUACAGACAUUGACAAGAAAAUGUCUUCUGAGAAAAAAGUAUGUUACAACUUCAUGAACGAUGCCAUGGCUUUCAGCUUUGUGUUUCAACUCCUCUGCGAAAAAGAUCCCGCUGAUACCAGACUUGGAAACAUGGGUUCAAUAUAUGUUGAUAAAUGGUUAGCUCUGCAACUAGCACCACUCGGAACCAUACACCUGCCAAGCUUCUUAAAAUUUCUUGAGGAUAUUGCUAUUCGUACGUUUCAAUUUCCAUUUUUCCUCGUAAAACAUGCUUACGAUAAACUUUACAAAGCUUUCUACGAGCAUGCAGCUCCUCUUCUUGACAGAGCUGAGAGUUUCGGGAUCAAAAGAGAUGAAGCUUGCCAUAACCUUGUGUUUCUUGCUGGUUUCAACGCUUAUGGUGGUAUGCAAGGAGUCUUCCCUGCAUUGCUCAAGUGGGUUGGACAAGCAGGAGAACAUUUGCACGCUCAACUCGCCCAUGAAAUCAGAACCGCCGUUAAGGAAGAAGGUGGAGUCACUUUCCAAGCGUUGGAUAAUAUGACUUUGACCAAAUCGGUCGUUUAUGAAUGUUUAAGGCUUGAACCUCCGGUGCCGUACCAGUACGCUAGGGCGAAGAAGGAUAUUGUGGUCCACAGCCAUGAUGCAGCCUAUGAGAUCAAGAAAGGUGAAAUGAUCUUUGGAUAUCAGCCGUGCGCAACCAGUGAUCCUAAAGUUUUUGAUAAUCCUAAGCAGUUUGUGGCCGAUAGGUUUGUCGGAGAGGAGGGAGAGAAGCUGCUGAACUAUGUAUACUGGUCAAAUGAUCGUGAGACGCAUCUUCCAACGGUGGAGGAUAAGCAGUGUCCAGCGAAAGAUCAGGUGGUGCUCCUAGCUAGGUUGUUCUUGGUGGAGUUUUUCUUGCGUUAUGACACGUAUACGGUGGAGGUGAAGACCCAUAUUGGGUUGGUAUCAUAUCUGACGAUAACUUCGUUGGCCAAGGCCACGAGCUCUUGAUCAUGUUGAUCAUGAUCGACUAAAACAUGAUCAAAGGCAAUUUGGUGAUGAAUGAGUUGAGCUCAUAUGGGCUUGAGUUCAGCUGAUAAUAAUAUAUAUAUAUAUAUAUAUAUAAUGUAUCUAUAUAUUUAUCUGUGUAAUGCUCUGUGGUGAAUGUGAAAAAUCAUUCCGUAUAUU